UUUUUCAUCCUCGAGUGCAUAUUUUACCUGAAUCUUCUUUCAUGAUGGUAUGGAAGAAGUAUUAUUGAAGUAGCUAUGGGAAUAACUUUGUUGCGGAUAUUAAUCAAAUGAGCAAAAUAGUAACUAUCGUUUCUAUGAUGGGAAUCUAUUUCUCUCUCAAUGAAUGUCGAUGUCAUGAAAUGCUAUUUGCUAAUAUGACAUGUAAGAAGCCCACAAAGGGCAGCCAAUUGGCAAGGACAUGGAAUCUCUUAGUCAUACUGAGUUAGAGGUUUCAAGUUCGGGUGAGCUUGAUAUUAAAAAAUCUUUGAUAGCUCUUAGGUCCGGGCCUUAGGUGGGCAUGGGUGCCGCUGGGAUAAACUCCCAAUUAUAAGAAAAACAUGUAAUAACAAAAUGAAGACAGAAGGUGGUACCUUAUUGGCAAUGGCGACCUUCCUUGUAACGCCGAUCAAAUAAUUGCCAGCAAUUUCCUCGGCGAUCAAACUACUUUCGUGAGUCAUAUACAUGAGAAACAGAGAGGAGUUAGUGAAGCUAUUUGAGAAAUGUAACAAUGGCAAAAUUCUGGCGCAAUUGCAGUGCCAUACGCUCAAAGUUGGGCUUGCCCACGACAGUUUCUUCGCCACCAAACUCAGUGCUUUGUAUGCCAAAUACGCCUCUCUCGUGCACGCACGCAAGGUGUUCGACGAAACGCCGCACAAGACCGUACACCUAUGGAAUGCUCUUCUCAGAAGCUACUGCAGAGAGAAUCAGUGGGAACGGAGUUUACAUCUCUUUCAUGACAUGGUAUCCUCUUCCUCCCAUGGAGUUACAGAGGGAAAACCUGAUAAUUUCACCGUUCCUGUAGUUUUGAAGGCCUGCGCAGGGCUGCAGGCACUCAAACUUGGAAAAACUAUUCAUGGGUUUGUUAAGAGAAAUGAGAAAACUGACCUCGACAUGUUUGUGGGGGCUGCGUUGAUCGAACUGUACUCGAAAUGUGGAAAAAUGGACGAAGCACUUCAAGUUUUCCUGGGAUUUUCUCAACCGGAUGUGGUUCUUUGGACUUCGAUGAUAACUGGGUAUGAGCAGAAUGGAAAUCCCGAAAAAGCUGUUGAAUUUUUCUCUCAAAUGGUGGUGAUCAAGCAUGUAAAUCCCGACCGUGUCACGCUUGUCAGCUUAGUGUCGGCCUGUACUCAACUGUCAAAUUCAAAGCUCGGAAGUAGCAUUCAUGGCUUUAUAACCAGACGAAAUCUCGACUAUGACUUAUCUUUGGCCAACUCGUUGCUGAAUCUAUAUGCGAAGACGGGUUCUGUAAAAAGUGCGGCCAACUUGUUCGAGAAAAUGCCGGCAAAAGAUGUAAUAUCAUGGAGCUCCUUAAUUGCUUGUUAUUCUCUCAACGGCGCUGCAGCUGAAGCUCUAAAUCUGUUCAAUGAAAUGAUUGAUAGGAAAAUCGAAUUCAAUUCAGUUACAGUGAUUGGUGCAUUACAGGCAUGUGGGGUUGCAUGUAACUUGGAAGAGGGAAAGACGAUCCAUAAACUAGUUACCAGCAAAGGUUUGGAGAUGGAUGUUUCAGUUUCCACAGCUCUGAUUGAUAUGUACAUGAAGUGCUUUUCACCUGAAGACGCCCUUGACGUGUUUGAAAAAAUGCCCAAGAAAGAUGUGGUUUCUUGGGCAGCUUUGUUAAGUGGUUAUUCCCAAAAUGGAAUGUCAUCCAAGUCAAUGGGAAUUUUCAAUACCAUGUUGUUGAACAGAAUAAAACCUGAUGCUGUUGCCAUGGUGAAGAUUCUUGCUUCUUGUUCAGAUUUGGGGAUUCUCCAACAAGCGCUUUGCCUUCAUGACUAUGUUGUUAAAAGUGGCUUCACCAACAACAUUUUUGUAGGAGCUUCGCUUAUUGAGCUGUAUUCAAAAUGUGGCAGCAUAGUUAAUGCCAUGAAAGUAUUUGAAGAAAUGAAAGUAAAGGACAUUGUUACCUGGAGUGCCAUCAUUGCAGGUUAUGGAAUCCAGGGACAAGGAAGACAAGCUUUGAAACUGUUUCACAAAAUGACAGAGACAUCACGAAUUAUGCCCAAUGAAGUAACAUUUAUUUCAUUGUUAUCUGCUUGUAGCCAUGCUGGUCUGAUUGAAGAAGGGAUCAAGAUAUUCAACUAUAUGUUGCAUGAAUACAGAAUAAAGCCCAACACAGAACAUUAUGGCAUCAUUGUCGACCUUCUUGGCCGAACAGGAGAACUCGACAGGGCGCUAGACUUUGUUCAGAAAAUGCCGAUUCCUGCAGGGCCGCAUGUCUGGGGCGCCCUGUUAGGUGCUGCUUGUAUUCAUCACAAAUCUGAGUUGGGAGAGGUUGCAGCAAAGAAUCUCUUCCAGUUAGAUCCUAAUCAUGCUGGGUACUAUAUACUGCUAUCUAACAUCUAUGCUGUGGAGAAGAAUUGGGACAAUGUGGGAAAACUAAGACAUGUGAUAAAGGAAAAGGGUUUGAAGAAGAUGCUUGGGAAAAGUGUGAUUGAAGUAGGAAGCGAGGUACAUAGUUUUGUAGCUGAUGACAGAUUACACCCAGAAUCUGACCAGAUUUAUAGGUUGCUAGGAAAUUUGAAUGUUAAUAUGAGGGAUAAAGUUGAAGAUUAUAACUCUAAUUCAAAAUAUUAUUACAUGGCAUUGAGGAAAUUUUAUAGUUAAUAUUAUGCUGAGGGUGUCAUGCAAGUCAAGGCAACACC